CCAGUGCUCAAAACAUUCUAGAUCAUUACAAUCGUUGUCAUCGUGAGACGUCGUUUUUUUAGAUUUUUGGGCGUACGAAAUUGUUUACGUUCGUACAGAACAAAUGCGCAUAUAAAUGCUUGCCGCAGUUGGCUUUGCCGUAGUUGCUAAUUGAGCGUUGUUAUAAGUUGUGCGAAUCAUAAAAUGGGCUGCUUUUUCGAUUGUCUGAUGUGCCCGUGUGUCGCGUGGGCGGCGGCUUUUGGCGUUGGAAUCUAUUUUCUAAGAGAGUAUAUGCAAGGUGGAAAGUUUAAGAAAUACACGAAUGAAACGGGCAAAGUUGUGAUUGUGACCGGUUCAAACACGGGCAUUGGCAAGGAGACCGUACUGGAAUUGGCUCGUCGUAAUGCCACCAUUUAUAUGGCCUGUCGUGAUAAGAAGAGAGCCGAGCAAGCAAUGAAGGAAAUCGUGCAGGAGACAAACAACAAAAGCAUAUUCGUCCGUGAACUGGACUUGGCAUCUCUGGACUCCAUUCGCAAGUUUGUCGACGAUUUCAAAAAGGAACAGGACAAACUGCACAUUCUCAUAAACAAUGCGGGCGUUAUGCGUUGUCCACAUAUGCUGACCAAGAAUGGUUUCGAGAUGCAGCUGGGUGUCAAUCAUAUGGGUCACUUUUUGUUAACCAAUUUGCUGCUGGAUCUGCUGAAGAAAACUGCACCCAGUCGCAUUGUCAACGUUUCCAGCUUGGCCCAUACGCGUGGUGCCAUCAAUAUUGAUGACUUGAACAGCGAGAAGUCCUAUGACGAGGGCAACGCAUACAGUCAGAGCAAAUUGGCCAACGUAUUGUUCACACGCGAGCUGGCCAAACGCUUGGAGGGCACGGGAGUGACCGUCAAUGCUCUCCAUCCCGGUGUUGUUGACACUGAACUCGGCAGACACAUGAAGAUCCUUAACAAUCUAUUCGGCCGCCUUGUUCUGAGAACUUUGUUGUGGCCCCUUAUGAAAACACCAAAGAAUGGUGCACAGACCACAUUGUAUGCGGCUCUAGAUCCCGACUUGGAUAAUGUAACAGGCAUGUACUUCAGCGAUUGCGCCUUAAAGCCAGUAGCACCCGCUGCCAUGGAUGAUAAAACCGGAAAAUUCCUAUGGGAGGAGAGCGAGAAAUGGACUCACUCAAAAUAUUAGAUAAGUGUUUAAAGAAACUACGAAUACAUGAAGGAAAAAAGGUUAUUGUACAUAAAUUAUAAUAAAGAGAGAACGUUGCAGUCGGGCGUAA